GCAGGUCGGGCCUAGGCAAAACUGAAUGUGAAAAUUUUGAGUAGUCCAUCGACUGAGAUGGCGACUACAGGGGCGACCACCGGAGCACCCCCUUCAUCCUCCAGGCGAGUUGGGGGCCGGUUCUGGGCCCUUGCUGACGCCGAUGAGGAUGAUGCGGACGGAGAUGCGGAUGCGACUCCGGCAUCCCCGCCGUCGCGGUCGCCCUCCGAUCUCAUUUGCGAAUUCUUUAAUUCCGGUUAUGCCAAAGAUGAAGUGGCAUUGACUGUUGACAAGGUCUUGCCUAUUGAUGAUCCUGCCAGGGUAGGACUUCACGUGGGAGAGAAGAAGGAGAUGAUCCGGCGUGUGGUUCAUCGGCGAACGGCGGCGAUCAGGCCAUGGAAGGGCCCUCUCCCCAAGGUUAUUUUCUGAGCCACGGUGUUGAUUCGUUCGUGGUCGCUACUCACUCCGACGAAGGCCAGGGAGCGUUU